GUCUUCCUGCUUUUUUGUUGUAAUAAGGAAAUAAACAUUUAAGCACGACGAAACUUCCACGUACAGAUUUAGUGAAAAAUAACAGAAGAUGCCGAAUGGAAAUUUAAAUAAUAAAUAAACAAAGACAUGAGACUGACUCAUUUGGGGACAGAGAAGACUUCAGAACCAUGGAUCCUGGUUUCAAAGAGAAAAACAAACAAAAAUGUGAUGUUACCAGUUUCUCACAGACCCCUUGCCUGUUAGGCAGAAGAAGUCCAAAUUAUGAUCGCCCCAACAUGAAUGAUCUGAGGAUUGUUCUUCUUGGGAAGAGUGUGUCAGAAAACAGUGGAGUGGGAAACUUCAUUUUAGGACGAGCAGCAUUUGACAGUGAAGCUCCUCCAGAUGUUGUGGAGAGAGUCGGAGGAAGAUUGAAUAACAGACAUGUGAUCAUCAUCAACAGUCCUCGGCUGCUCCAGACAAACAUCUUAUGGUAUCAGAUGACACAGACAGUGAGAGAGUGUGUGAAUCUGUCUGAUCCAGGACCCCAUGUAAUCGUUCUGCUCCUCAGUCAUGAGCAGUGUUCAACAGAAGAUCAAGAGUGUGUGGAGAAGGUGCUGGACUCUUUCUCCGAGCGCAUUUAUCAACACACCAUGGUGCUCACAACACAAGAGCCCACUGAAACCAAUGACAUCCUACAGAAAAUCAUUCAGAAAUGUGCAAACAGACACUUCAGUCUUCAUAGAAGCAGUUCUCCUUGUGAUCUUCUGCAGAUGUUUGAGGACAUUGUGAAAGUGAAUGACGGACAGCACCUGGAUUGUGCUGAAGCUUCACAGUAUUUCAAUAUAGAGCAACAGGCCACAGAAAAAAUUUCAGAGAGUAUAAAGCUGAAUCUGGUUGUGUGUGGGAGUGACGUGACAUUAAAGUCCUCCAUAUCAGAGCUGAUCCAGCAGCAGACAGAUGUGAAGCUUCAUGGACAUAAGAUCAGUCUGCUGCAGCUUCCAGCUCUGAUUCAGCUCUCAGAGGAGGAAGUGAUGCGUCAGAUCCUUCGCUGUGUGUCUCUCUGUCAUCCUGGAGUUCAUGUUUUCCUCCUCAUUAUUCCUGAUGCUCCAAUCAAUAAUGAAGACAAAGCAGAAAUGGAGGAGCUCCAGAGGAUCUUCAGCUCAAGAAUCAACAAACACAUCAUGGUCCUCAUAAUGCAGAAUUCAGAGCAUCAGACAGCAGAACUCAAUGAAGAAACACGGUCUGUUAUUGAGAGUUUUGGAGGACGACAUUAUUUCUUUGGUCCCAAAACACAAGUGUCUGCAUUGAUGGAGAACAUAAAGCAGAUGCUGGAAAAAAAUAGAGGCAAGGUUUUUUCCACAGAGACAUUUUUGGAGGCACAGAUGAAAAAACUACUGCGGUUUGAAGAGAUGGAAAAGAAAAUUCAUUCACUAGAGACACGUUUACUGUCAAAAGGUUUAGAAGAAAGGGAAGAUGAUCUAAGGAUUCUGAUGAGAAAAAGCAUCAAAGUUGGGGAAAGUUCAAAAGAAGAAAACAAAAUGAAGAACCUGAUGGAGAGAGUGGAUCAAAUGAACAGAGAAAGAGAAGAACUGAUGAAGAAACAUGAAGAAGAAAAAAGGAGAAUGAAGAUGAUUGUAGAGGAAGAAAGACAGAAUCACGACAAAGAGAGAAAGAGAAGAGAAGAAGAAUUUAAUGAGAGAGAAGAACAAUAUAAAAGAAAAAUGAAAGAAAAAGAGGAUCAUAUGAGAGACAAAGAGGAAUGGGAGAGGCAGAAACAAGAAGAAAGAAAAAAAGAGGAUGAGGAAUUUAGAACAAAAGAAAAACAGAUGUCUGAUGAACAGAUUCAGAGACUCAAGAAUGAAAUAGAGGGGAUGAUCAAAGAGAACAAGAGAAUAGAAAGAGAGAAACACGAACAAGUAGAGGAUUUGGAGACGAGACUAAAAGAAGAAAGAAACAUGACAGAAGCUCUACAAAAGUCUUUUGAAGAGAAUCUGAAACUCCUUGAAGAACAGUAUGAAGAUGAACUGAAGAUAAGACAAGUGGAGUGGAGGGAGGAAUAUGAACGAGAGAAAGAAGAAAUGAAGAAGAAGAUCUGUUCUGAAGCUGAUGAUUCACCACAGGCUUCAGCCUACAGGAAACUGGAGACUGAAUACAGCAAGUGGUCCUGGAGACUUCGUAGAGCCAUGAUGGAAACUGAGAACAAACUACACAACAAAAUAGAAAAUGAAGCAAUUCAUGAGAUUGAAGAAAAUGAUCUUCAAGGAGAACUGAAGGAGACAAGUGUAGAAGUGGAAAGAUCCAUGUCUGAAUUAUUUGAGAAAGACAAAGAUAAAGAUAUACUGAUUCAGUGGAAAAUGACAUUUGAAAUCAAAAUGAAAGAUGUUGAAGGAAAUAUUGUGAGAGAAACAAAGAGAAAAUUAAAUGAGAUUCUUCAACAGCGAGAUCUGAUAAAAGCGAUUGAUGAUCAGAGGACACAUCAAGAAAACACUCACUUUGAGAAGAGCAAAGAACUUGCUUUAAAACUAAAAGACAAAGCAAAUGACAAAGAAACAAUGAGUAAAGAGUUUGAUUUAUUUUGGGAACAGUGGAUGAAGAAGAUCAUCUCAGACACACCUCCAAUAAGAGACAUUGACAUAAUGAGAGACAUGAGAGAGAUCCUCAGUAACAUCUAUAAAAGUGCUCUUGUAGACCACAAGAAAGAAAGGAGAGAUAUUUUUUGUGUGCCAAAUUAUUUAGAGUAUGUAUGGUUAAAAAGAGUCAGUGGACUUAAAGGAAUGAUCACAAAUGUCUACAAAUCAGCUGUAGAGAAGUUUGGUUACAGUCUAUCUACGGACGAGGAAAAUCAAAUAAGAUCAUUAAUUACAGAUGUUGUUCUGCAGACAGAGACAAUGAUUCAGUCAUUUAACCUUUCAAAAAUGGGCUACGACAUCAGCUUUAUCCAACAACUCAUAGGUUACAUCAAGAGGAGAGUAACAGAACAUGAGGAAGGACAAGUGAAUUAUGUGUUCAAGAAUGAAUUCUUCGUGGAUUUGGUUUAUUCCAUCUGUAUGAAAGCAAAUAAGAAGAUUACUGACCAACACAGACUGUUCAGGGAAGCCAAUGAUCCUGUAAUAUGUAUCGAGAAGAAGAGAGAGGAGUACUAUAGUAUUUUCCAGAAAUACUGUCAAGGAGCUGCAUCAGCUGCCAUUUUUGGUGAGAUCAUCUGUCAGAAACUGAAAGAGCCCAUUGAGCAGAGUGUCUACAAGAAGACUGCAAGAGAUCUGUCAGAUGAAAUUAGAUCAAACUGUGAAUCUCUGAAUGGAAACCGAUCGAAACUGGAGAAACACAUCAUGAAGACACUGGCAGAGGAGGAGGAUUUCGAGAAAUAUAUGGACUACAUUCAUAAUCCCAGAGAUCACUUCAAGGGUUUCAUCAGAGAUGAAGUCUGUCGGUACAUCACUGAUAAGUUCAGUGUCAGUAUUUGGUACAAGAUGAAGGAGAACAUUAAACUCCUGCAGAAGAAGAUAAUAAAAGCAGCUCAUCAAUCUACUGAACAUGUUCAAGUCAACAGUGGAGAUGUUAGUUUGUGGUUAAAGAGUUUCACACAGCAACUCUCAGAUGAGCUGAUCUUCUCUGAAAAAGACCUCAGUGGAGUCAAACAUGAUGAUGUUGAUGUGAAACUCCUAGAAGGUGUCAUAAAGAAAGUGUUUCCUUAUAUAAUAACUGACAUCAGCAGAGAAUUCACCAUCAAGGCAUUUGAUGAAAAACUGAGUGUGAAGUACAAGCCGGAUGAGCUUCUGAUUGAUCACUUCUGUCGGUGCUGUUGGGUUCAGUGUCCUUUCUGUAGAGCCACCUGCACCAACACCAUAGAAAACCAUGAUGGAGAUCACAGUGUUGCUUUCCACAGAGUGAGAGGAAUCAAUGGCACAUGUUAUCGUUUUACACCGAAUCUCUGUGCUGAUAUUUGCACACAUUCAGUGGCAAGUGAUCAGGAUAUUUAUACACCAAGUGAAAGGAUUCCAUGGAACAAAAUACAAAUUGAAGUGUCUAAAUAUGCCAUCUGGCACAUCAACCCUGGCCACUCAGUGCUGCCCUACUGGAAGUGGUUUGUGUGCAGAUUCCAGAAAGAUCUGGAAAAAUACUACAAUAAAACAUUUGAGUGUGAGGGUGAGAUUCCAUAUGAAUGGAGAACAUACUCAAAACAGGAUGCUAUUAAGAGUUUAGAUAAAUAUAUCCAAUGGAUUAAAUAGAGAAUGAGAUUCUUGUCUCAUCCCUGAUUCUUCGUAGAUCACAAAAAUAUUUCUGAUACACUUUACUGAGACUCUAAAUUCACUGACACUUCAUCAGAACAGUGAUGCACAGAAUACAGUGGUCAGAUUUUAUGAGUGUUGUUCACAUUAUCACUUGUUUAUAUUUUUAUGUUUUUUUAUGACUUUUUAUUGAGAUAGGAUAGUAGCGAGUGUGGGAUCGGGCAAAAGUCCUUGAUAAAGGAAUGGAGCUCGGGUCACGGGUUUCCAUCCAAAGUAGCGAAUUUAACUUAUGUGCAAAAUUGAAAUAUUGCACAAAACAUUUGAAACAAGCAUCGUUUCCAUCCAUCAAGUAAAAGAGAAAAUUUCUAGGAGGCAAUUAUACAGAAAUACUUUGAUGACAGACUUUUUCCGAAUGACCAUAACAACAUUUUAGAUGCUGUGGAACAAGAUCGGUCCACUGGUUAGUCAGGAUUAACCGUCCCAUAGCGCAAGGUCACACGACUUUUUUGAUGCGCUUGACGGAAUUCAUUUGCAAAAUGCAUUUCUAUCUCCAAUUAUUCACAUUAAUCCUUUUUCGCACAAGUCAAAAACCAUCUGAAGCGAGUGAAGUGAGUUUUUUUUGCGAAUAAAGGCAUUUUUAUUCGAAAUUCUGCAUUUCUAUCACUCGAUUCUGAUGCGACACUUUAAAAUGCGCAUUAAAAGCCAAGUAGGCAAGGGUGAUGGAAACCCAGAGUGUAGGCACCUCAAUAAAUUUUGGUUACGCAAUAUAUUGCCCAUUAUAUUUCCUUAAAAAAUAAUGUCACAAUGUUUUGUACAUUCCAUUUGCACCUGUCUUUUGCAGCUUCUCGUACAUAUUACACAACGUGGUGUAGUCAUGAGGUGCUCAUUUAAAUAAAAUAAAAAAUGCUUCUAGAAAAAAAGUUUCAUCUGCAGAUAUGGACCUGUGCCUUUGUGCAUAUGGACAUCUGACUGCUAAGCAGUGAUUGUGUUUUUCACUGCAUCAGUUGCACCAACCACACCACACCACUUUUGAUGUACAAUUACGUUCGACUGACAUCAGAGUUUGGUUCAUUCAGUGCUGUUUUCCAAAAUCUCCAUACCUGAAUCUGGUCUGUUAUAUAAAAGUGACACAAGCAAUGCUAUGCAUUGAUUAAUCUGGGUUGAUGUUUGGUUGAUGUUUGGUGGAAACCCACCAUUUCAGCCCUCAUCUCAUCUACUCUUCAAAGAGAGUAAAUUUGUUGUUUUUACUCAUGUUGUAUUGUUGAAGAAAGGAUUUGGCAAAGGGAAGAGGUCACACUGUGACCCAUUUCUUCGUCUCUGGUGAGCCUUGACAAUAAAACCCUCCUGUCUUUGGUCCAGAUGAAGAGAGAAAGACAGAGAGAUAGGUCUGUUUGUUUGUAUGAACUGUAUUUCAGCUCUCAGUUCGGUUCACUGACUGCACACAAACUUCUUCAUCAGUUCCAGCCCAUGACCUUCGGCCUCAGCACUUCCUGUUCUUUCCACAGGAGCCAUGUUCCGUUCGUAUACUUAAAUAAGAGACAGUGAAGUCAUAUUUCUGACCCACAUAAACUUCACAGAUACAUGGCUGUGAAUCAGAAUUCAGCAUUCUGACUCAGAAAUGUUACCAGUGAAUGAAAUAAAGACUGCAAUAUGUGUAAUUGAAGGAGGUCGUUUCUACUGUAAUAUCUGAAGAUGCACCACCAGAGUGCAGUUUUACAUCACAAACUAUACUUGGUUUACACUUUUGUCGUUUACAACUUAAAAGACACAACUGGAAAUUAUAUUUGUAUUUACUUACACUGAAAACAUAUUUGUAGAUGAUGCAAAAGCUUUUAAUGUGGGAUUUAGAUAAAAUGUUCCAUUCAAACAAAAAACAAUAAAUACAUACAUAAAAACUGUUUUUGUGACACUUUGUGUCUAUGACGUGAACACACUGGACUGUGAGUGUGUGAAGUUGGUUGACCUCACAAUGUUAUGAUUAUGAUGUAAAUGGUACAAAAAUGUAAUUACAUUUUCUUAAAUAAAAAUUUAUAC